AUGGUGGGAAAGAUGCGGACCGAGCUCUGCGGGGCGGAAGUGGGCAUUGCGCGCCGGUGCAAGCUGCUGUGCGGGCGGCAUCUAGCCAAACUGGAGGCUGCUGGGGAACGGGGCUCGGGCGGCCCCCGAGGCUCGGGGGAGCGGGCUUCGGGGGCUCCUGCAGCGUCCGCGGCGGCUCCAGGGGAGCGUGGCAGUGAUGGGGCGCCCAGUCGGGCAACGGCUGGGGCCUCGGCCAUGUUUGCGGGGCUGCAAGAUCUGGGCGUGGCCAACGGCGAGGACCUGAAGGAGACCCUGACCAACUGCACCGAGCCGCUCAAGGCCAUCGAGCAGUUCCAGACAGAGAAUGGCGUGCUGCUGCCCUCCCUGCAAUCGGCCCUGCCUUUCCUGGACCUGCACGGGACGCCGCGGCUGGAGUUUCACCAGUCGGUGUUUGAUGAGUUACGCGACAAACUGCUGGAGCGAGUGUCGGCCAUUGCCUCGGAGGGGAAGGCAGAGGAAAGGUAUAAGAAGCUGGAAGACCUUCUGGAAAAGAGCUUUUCUUUGGUCAAGAUGCCAUCCCUGCAGCCAGUCGUGAUGUGCGUCAUGAAACAUCUGCCCAAGGUUCCUGAGAAGAAGCUGAAGCUGGUGAUGGCUGACAAGGAGCUGUACCGUGCUUGCGCUGUGGAGGUGAAGCGCCAGAUCUGGCAGGACAACCAGGCACUCUUUGGGGAUGAGGUCUCCCCUCUGCUGAAGCAGUACAUCCUGGAGAAAGAGAAUGCACUCUUCAGCACAGAGCUUUCAGUUCUGCACAACUUCUUCAGCCCUUCUCCCAAGACCAGGCGCCAGGGAGAGGUGGUUCAGAAGCUGACACAGAUGGUGGGCAAGAAUGUGAAGCUGUAUGACAUGGUGCUGCAGUUCCUACGCACACUCUUCCUGCGGACCAGGAACGUGCACUACUGCACGCUGCGGGCUGAGCUGCUCAUGUCCCUGCAUGACCUGGAUGUAGGAGAUAUCUGUACCGUGGACCCCUGCCACAAGUUCACUUGGUGCCUGGACGCCUGCAUCCGAGAGCGGUUUGUGGACAGCAAGAGAGCCCGGGAGCUGCAGGGGUUUCUUGAUGGAGUGAAGAAGGGACAAGAACAGGUCUUAGGGGAUUUGUCCAUGAUCCUGUGUGAUCCCUUCGCCAUCAACACACUGUCCCUGAGCACCAUCAGGCACUUGCAAGAGCUGGUCAGCCAGGAGACACUGCCCAGGGAUAGUCCUGACCUCCUCCUCCUACUCAGGCUGCUGGCACUGGGCCAGGGCGCAUGGGACUUGAUCGACAGCCAGGUCUUCAAGGAGCCUAAGAUGGAGGCAGAGCUCAUCACAAAGUUCCUGCCGAUGCUUAUGUCCUUUGUGGUGGAUGACUACACUUUCAAUGUGGAUCAGAAGCUUCCAGCUGAGGAGAAAGCCGCAAUCACGUACCCCAACACGCUUCCUGAAAGUUUCACCAAGUUCCUACAGGAACAGCGAAUGGCUUGUGAGGUGGGGUUAUACUACGUCCUGCACAUCACCAAGCAGAGGAAUAAGAACGCACUCCUACGCCUGCUGCCUGGGCUUGUGGAGACUUUUGGUGACCUGGCCUUCAGUGACAUAUUCCUUCACCUGCUCACGGGGAGCCUGGCACUGCUGGCUGAUGAGUUUGCCCUAGAGGAUUUCUGCAGCAGCCUCUUCGAUGGCUUCUUCCUCACCGCUUCUCCCAGGAAGGAAAAUGUGCAUCGCCAUGUGUUGAGGCUCCUCCUUCACCUGCACUCCAGGGUGGCGCCUUCCAAGCUGGAGGCCUUGCAGAAGGCCUUGGAGCCCACAGGCCAGAGUGGUGAGGCUGUGAAGGAACUCUACUCCCAGCUUGGUGAGAAGCUGGAGCAGCUGGACCAUCGGAAGCCCAGCCCUGCCCAGGCUGCAGAGACACCAGCGCUGGAGCUGCCGCUCCCUAGUGUGCCUGCCCCAGCUGCACUCUGAAGCUCUGCGGCCUGUUUUGGGAGAAGGCCUGGUCACCCAGAAAUUCAGGGCAAACUGAGGCACCCCCUGCUGAGUCUUGUUGCUGGAAGCUGGUCCUGAGGGGUCCUCUGAUCUACUUGCAUACCCCUGGGGUCUCCUGGUGGCAUGGUGAGCUUGGCCCUAGCAUAGAUGGACAGUGAUUGAGGGUAGGGAAAAGCUAGUUUUCCUAGGAGCAGGCAGGGGCCUGAGUGACCUGACAUCCAUUGUGGACGAUGAGGCCUAAGGGAGAGGUGUGCUAGGUUAGUUAAAACAGAUUUACUGGGCAUGGUGUCUGCAGUGCAGGAAUGGUGCCCGCAACAAAAGUCUGGAGUGGUCUGCAGGGGUUAGAGGUCCAAACCCACUAUGUCAAGGCACAGACCUUGCUGCUAAGGUCUGCAGCUUCCCACCUUGGUUUAUUCCUUGUCCAGCUGCUGCUUGGCCCUUGAACAAGGGACAGUGAGUGUACACACUGAGGUUUCCGCUUAUGUAAAUAAAAGACAUUUUGGUAA